AUGCAACACACCUGCAAGUGCAAACCAAAGGAUCCUGCACAAACAUCAACGGCCAAUAACCUGUAUCAGUCCCAGGAAUUGAAUGAUGAAGCUUCAGAGUUGCCAUCAUCAAAAGCUACCCCACCAUCACGUUCUUCAUCAAAGAAAAGCAGAGUUGCAGAGUUUCAUAAUUUAUCUGAAAAGAGAAGGAGGAGUAAGAUUAAUGAGAAAUUGAAAGCUUUGCAGAAUUUAAUUCUGAAUUCUAAUAAGAUAGACAAAGCUUCAUUGCUUGAUGAGGCUAUAGAAUAUUUAAAGCAGCUUUAACUUCAAGUGCAAUGUUGGUGAUCAUUUCUGCAGAUGUUAAUGAUAAGAAAUGGUUAUAGCCUGCAUCCGGUGUCUCUAUCAGGAAGAUUGCGACCUACGAUGUUUUCUCAAACCGAUUUAUUCAAUCUUGAUGAGGGUAAUAUUGGAUUUCACAAUUCUGUCAACGCAAUUGCCUCAUCUGCAAAUGAUGAAUUUUUUGCGCCGCCUAGUUUUAGUUUUCUAGAACAAGGCAGCAUCUCGAAUCAAACUGUCACGGAAAAUAUAGCUAAUUUUGACCCCUCAUCAAGUUUUCAACCCUCUAUUAAGGCUUAA